CUCGUUUUUUUUCUCUCAGUGCGCACUUAGAGGGAUGUAGCCAUUGGACUGAUCAAUUGCGUUGCCAUAACAAAAGGGAAUCUAUCUGUGAUGAGCUGUGGUUCUGAGCGCUGAAGUCCCAGUACGCCAGAUUUUUUUCCCGAAAAUAGAACAUUUCUGUCUGUACUGGAAAGGAAACUCUGGGAAAACGACACAUGCCGAUGAAUUAGAGGGCGUCAUCUGAAAAUGGUUUCGCUUAAUUUUCAAAGAUUCUCAUCGGUCCUUGACAACCGCAAAUUUCAUUUCCAAAUGGCAAAGUUGUCCUCUUUUGAGGCUGUGCCCACAUCCCGAGGCUGAAGAACAUACCGGAAGAUGGAGGACAUGCUGGAGCUGCGGACAGACGGGAACUCGCUGCUGAAGGCCGCGUGGCUGCGGCGCCUGCGGCUGACCAGGCUGCUACUGGAGGGCGGGGCCUACAUCAACGAAAGCAACGAGCGCGGGGAGACGGCCCUCAUGCUGGCCUGCAUGUCCAGACACGCCGACCAGCAGAGCGCCAGCAAGGCCAAGCUGGUCCGCUACCUCCUGGAGAACAAGGCCGACCCCAACAUCCAGGACAGGACGGGGCGGACGGCCCUGAUGCACGCCUGCAGCCACAGGGCGGGGCACGAGGUGGUGUCCCUCCUGCUGACCAACGGCGCCGACCCCAGCCUGGAGGACCGGGGCGGGGCCUCGGCCCUGGUCUACGCCAUCAACGCCGAUGACAAGGAGACGCUCAAGCUCCUCCUGGACGCCUGCAAAGCCAAGGGGAAGGACGUCAUCAUCAUCACCACCGACAAGUCCGCCUCCGGGGCCAAGACCACCAAGCAGUACCUGAACGUGCCCCCCUCCCCCGAGCUGGAGGACAGGUGCUCCCCGGCUCCGUGCACCUCCCCCUCUGACAUCAACCUCAAGACCUCGCCCGCCCCCGACGACGGCCAGCACGAGACGGUCUUCGGUUUCCAGGCCAAACGGGUGAUGGCGCCGGUGGUCAAGGCGCCGAACCCCCCGGGCUCCCCCACCAGGAGGCCCGCCAACCCCAAGCGGGCGCGGCUGCCGCAGCUGAAGCGGCUGCAGUCGGAGCCCUGGGGCCUGAUCGCCCCCUCCGUCCUGGCGUCCUCCGCGCACGAGGAGAGCCGGAGGGCCAACUCGGACGAGGACGUGGUGGCCGGCGUGAACGGGCUGUGCCUGGGCCGCCGGGCGCCGCUCUCGCGCCACAACAGCGUGGAGGGCCGGGACCCCGGCUGCCCCUCCGCAGGCGACCCGUCCUCCGCCACGUCGUCCGCCCCCGCGUCCCGCCGCACGUCCUAUGAGAAGUCCCUCCUCCAGCUCCAGGCCCUGGCCAGGCGGGGCGCGGCCGGCGCCGACUCGGACAACGGCGGCGGGGUCCUCCGGGACGCGGUGUACCGGCGUCGCCUGGGCAACGAGCAGUACGACUCCGACUCCCAGCUGUACUCCGACUCGGGCGCCCAGGACUCGCCCAAGGCCGCCCCCGAGAGGAGGAAGCACAACGCGUCCCCGCUGGCCCUGCUCACCGGCUCGCGGGAGUCUCUGGACAGCUCCGCCAGUACGUCCCCCAGCGUGGCGCGCCGGCGGGCCCCGGGGCUGCUGGAGAGGCGGGGCUCCGGGACCCUGCUGCUCGACCACAUCUCCCACACCCGCCCCGGCCACCUGCCCCCACUCAACAUCAACCCCAACCCCCCCAUCCCGGACAUCGGGGCCAGCAGCAAGCCCUCGUCCCCUCUGGCCAGCGGCCUCCGCUCCCUGGCCCCCGUAGCCCCCAGCUCGCCGAAGGGCUGCCCCUGCCCCAGGCCCACCAAGAAGCUGAUCAGGAGGCACUCUAUGCAAGUCGAGCAAAUGAGGCAACUCUCCAACUUCGAGGAGCUGAUCAAUUAGUAAACAAAGGACCAAAACUUUGAGCCUAUGUAGCAGAUUUCAGCCCUGCUGUCUUCAUCGAGUGAAAACUGGCUUCUGUUUCCAGCGUUGAGAGAUUCAGAGGUGUAAUGGAUUGAACACAGAAAAGCCACGAGUCCAAAACUGAGUACGAGCGGCACAGCUGCAGUGAUAACAUCACAUUGAGGAUUCCCAGAGUUCCCUGUACCCCUCUGCAGACGUGCCGAUUCACGUUUGCCAGCAUAUCAUGCCCAGUUCUGCUAAGAGAAAUAGCAAAGGGGGAAGGGCAGGAUUUGCUCCUGUAUACCUCUUUCUGUAAGAAACCCCAGUGGCUUCCCACUGAAACCAGUGUGCCAUGGAUGUGCUGUCAAUCACACACUGCCAGACGCACAUACACACGCGCACGCACACACAGGAGCUGCUGCUACCUUUGCCUGCCCCUUGGCCUCAUCGGUACCAGGAAAAUGCCUCACCGCCGAAGAGAUGGAACAGUAUAACAGGCCUGAGAGAAACCGCCUAAACGCGCGUGCAUCAGGCCAUACAAGCAAAUAUUGGGACACACGUAAUGAAAACCGGGCAAGCAAGGACUAAACAAAUCUACACUAACUGCUUGUAUACAGCCAGUCACUCUCAACUCACAAACUGCAUUAAGACCCCUGGGUUGAACUAGAAGCAGAUGACACACCAUUUUUAUUGCAGGGCAAAAAAAAUCGAGGCAUUUUCACUGCCGUUCAAGCAACGGGGAUAGCCUUAUCACUUUCUUUAAGAGAAGAGAAAAACGCUUUUCAAACCUUUUAGCUGAAUUACGUGGGGGAGAUACUUCAGACCGCUGAAUGCCGUGCUUAUUUAUGGACCUGACUGCAGAGCUUCGGUAGGAGGAGCAGCGAAGUAUGAACAAUCAACGAGCUUCAAAGCCAACGGUACCCUGGGUGCACCGUUACAAAUGCACAGGUGAAACAUAAUAGGGCCUAAUUGUUCGUCAUAGUCUUUCUAUUAUCGACUAAAAUUACACAGCGAGAGUUCAAGGGAGCCGUAUAAUCACAUUUCAUUUCUUUGCUGUAGAAAAACUGUCACCGCCGAAACACAGCAUUUCCGCGUGGUUUUAUUCGCCAAUCAAGCGCUAACGUGACGUAAAAUAUAACAGUCAUUUCAGACAUUGUUUCCAUGCUCAAACAUUGGCGGCGGGUGAUGAAACACGGACGGAUUUUCUUGUCGCCUCACACGAAAGAGGUUCCGGGUUCGAGUCCCGGUCGGCCCGGAUCCCCCCCCCCCGCGUUCCCGUAGGUUUCCUCUGAGGACUCUCGUUUCCUCCUCCAAUCCAAAGACGUGCAGGUGAGGGGCUAAACUGGAGAUGCUAAGCAGGCUGUAGGUGUGAGUGUGAAUGUGUGCAUGCAUGUUCACCCUGCGGUGGACUGGCGCCCUGUCCAGAGGGCUGUUCCUGCCUCGCGCAAAACGCACGCUGGGAUAGGCUCCAGCCUGCCCAUGACCCUGAACUGGACAAGCCAGCAUAGAUAAGAGGAAGGAUGGAUUUCCUCAUUUAAUUCAUUACAGCCUUGUGCAGAAAUCAAGGUUGCCAUGUCUCCAGCAAGAGUCGAGUGGCUAUAUUUAGCAAACUUACCAUUUAUAGAUAAAGUACUCACCGUUUUGUCCCUCAACAACGAACAGAAAAUCAACUAACCAGCAUUUAUUUUCAAGCCGUUCUCAGCCAAGGGGGUUCUCCGUAAUCAACGAGCCCCCUCCCAGUUACCCAUUCAGCUAUAAGGGAAAUUCUAUGUAACCCACUGGAAAUGGACAGUGAGACUCACUCUUCAGCAGUCACAGUGUUAUAUGAAACAGGGACAGAAUGUUAGUAGCCAAUUUGUAUAUAGUGCCUUCAGCAUCUACGAAUGAGAGCAAGGGUGUCGAUCAAAGAUACACAGAUUUUUAGUUAAUCUCAAUAAAUAUGCAACCAAAAGCACUUUUGCUUUACGUUACAGAUGUGUGUUGCCAUUCUGUAGCUCUGAUCAUACUUAAGUGCCAUAUAUUCUGACGUGGUUUAUCACAUUAGUCGUGUACCUACAUGUCAGUCAGUCUUUGCUAGCUCUUUGUAACGCAACAGUAUCAAACCUGAGCAGCUACCUGAAAAGACCGUACUCUUGUAUUCUUCUCCGAAAAGUCUGAGCCCCAGGGUUGUGCCCAUCAUUGGCUGUCACUCGGUUAUUUUAGCCUGCACUGUAAAUGCAAUUCUGCUUUCCUUGUUUUCGUGGUACUCGUUGAAUGGCUCCAGUAGGUCCCGAAAACAGUCUGACCGACUAUGAACAGCGACACAUAAGUGAAACGCCAGCAAUUAGGAACACCCAAUCGCGGCUGUACGUCCACCCACUCUGUAGCCUACAAGCAAAGCUAAUCAGGCAGUUUGCAGAUGUGUUAUUGAUAUACUUAAAGAACAUACACAAUCCUGUUAUAGGAAGUACAUGGUAUAUUUUAUCAUGUGAGGAGGAAAGGAAAGGAGACAAGUAAUUCCUUUGGAGAGUCUACCAACACCAAUCUUUAUUUUCUCUUAAAAAUUUUUCCAGAGAAAAAAUUCACCCAUUUUACACAGCACUUCAAAUUUCUGUAAUAUUUUCUAAUAUUUUCCAACCUUGGUUAAGUGUCUGAACCAACAGCUAGAUAUAGCAUAGUGAUAUAGCAACAGCUAGAAACAUGUAAAAGCAUUUUUACUCUUCUCAAAAAAGGAAGUAAAUUCCAAAUACUUCCUACCCCACAUAGCUGCGAUGCCUAAUACUACUGCAGGCCGUAUGGUCCCUGUAGACGUAUUGAUGGCUUUGUCACACACACUGCGGGGGUACAUUUCCUUAAAACCAGCUGAAAGAGAAUUAUAUAACCUACUUAAGGCUGAGUUCCUUCACCAGAACAAUCA